AUGACGACUUCCACUACCGCUGUCGGUAUCGAUCUCGGUACCACGUACUCUUGCGUCGGUAUUUUCCGUGAAGAUCGCUGUGACAUCAUCGCCAAUGACCAGGGCAACCGCACCACUCCCUCAUUCGUUGCCUUCACCGACACUGAGCGUCUCAUUGGCGAUGCCGCCAAGAACCAGGUCGCCAUGAACCCCCACAACACAGUCUUUGACGCCAAGCGUCUCAUUGGACGCAAGUUCUCAGACCCCGAGGUUCAGGCUGACAUGAAGCACUUCCCCUUCAAGAUUGUUGACAAGAAUGGCAAGCCCGUUAUCGAGGUCGAGUUCAAGGGCGAGCAGAAGACCUUCACCCCCGAGGAAAUCUCCUCCAUGGUCCUCACCAAGAUGCGCGAGACCGCUGAGGCUUACCUCGGCGGCACCGUGAACAACGCUGUCAUCACUGUCCCCGCCUACUUCAACGACUCUCAGCGUCAGGCCACCAAGGAUGCUGGUCUCAUUGCUGGCCUCAACGUCCUCCGCAUCAUCAACGAGCCUACCGCUGCUGCCAUUGCCUACGGUCUCGACAAGAAGGUUGCCGGUGAGCGCAACGUCCUCAUCUUCGAUCUUGGUGGUGGUACCUUUGAUGUCUCUCUUCUCACAAUUGAGGAGGGUAUCUUCGAGGUCAAGUCCACUGCUGGUGACACCCACUUGGGUGGUGAGGACUUUGACAACCGUCUCGUCAACCACUUCGUGAACGACUUCAAGCGCAAGAACAAGAAGGAUCUUUCCUCCAACGCCCGUGCUAUGCGUCGUCUCCGCACUGCUUGCGAGCGUGCCAAGCGCACCCUCUCGUCUUCCGCCCAGACCUCUAUUGAGAUCGACUCUCUCUUCGAGGGUAUUGACUUCUACACCUCCAUCACCCGUGCUCGUUUCGAGGAGCUCUGCCAGGACCUCUUCCGCUCUACCAUCCAGCCCGUCGACCGCGUUCUCGCUGAUGCCAAGAUCGACAAGAGCCAGGUCCACGAGAUCGUCCUCGUCGGCGGUUCCACCCGCAUUCCCCGCAUCCAGAAGCUCAUUACCGACUACUUCAACGGCAAGGAGCCCAACAAGAGCAUCAACCCUGACGAGGCUGUCGCCUACGGCGCCGCUGUCCAGGCCGCUAUCUUGUCUGGAGACACCUCCUCCUCCUCCACCAAGGAGAUUCUUCUCCUCGACGUUGCUCCCCUGUCUCUUGGUAUCGAGACUGCUGGUGGUAUGAUGACCAAGCUCAUUCCUCGCAACACCACCAUUCCCACCAAGAAGUCUGAAGUCUUCUCUACCUUCUCCGACAACCAGCCUGGUGUCCUUAUUCAGGUCUACGAGGGUGAGCGUCAGCGCACCAAGGACAACAACCUUCUCGGCAAGUUCGAGCUCACCGGUAUCCCCCCGGCUCCUCGCGGUGUUCCCCAGAUUGAGGUCACCUUCGAUCUCGAUGCCAAUGGUAUCAUGAACGUCUCCGCUGUCGAGAAGGGCACCGGCAAGUCCAACAAGAUUGUCAUCACCAACGACAAGGGCCGUCUCUCCAAGGAGGACAUUGAGCGCAUGCUUGCUGAUGCCGAGAAGUACAAGGAUGAGGAUGAGAAGGAGGGCCAGCGUGUCUCUGCCAAGAACGGUCUUGAGUCUUAUGCCUACUCUCUCCGCAACACUCUCGGCGACCCCAAGGUCGACGAGAAGAUUGAGGCUGAUGACAAGACCAAGCUCACUGCUGAGAUCGACAAGAUUGUCCAGUGGCUCGACGACAACCAGCAGGCUACCAAGGAGGAGUAUGAGGAGCACCAGAAGGAGCUCGAGGCUGUCGCCAACCCCAUCAUGAUGAAGUUCUACGGCUCUGGUGGUGAGGGUGGCAUGCCCGGCGGUAUGCCCGGCGGUGCCCCUGGCGGCUUCCCCGGUGCCGGUGCUGGUGGCGCUCCUGGCGCUGGCGGCGACGACGGCCCUACCGUCGAGGAGGUCGACUAA